AUGGAUGAUGACGGGCUGGGAAAGCCGUUGCUUGGACCUGAGAGUUUCAGCACCGAAGACAUUGAUCUGGGGAACCUGCCCCUGGAAGACGUCUUUGAGCAGCUGAGCACGUCCCGCAGUGGACUCUCUUCAGCGGAUGUCGCGGAACGGCUGCAGCUGUUCGGCGCAAACCGACUGGAGGAGAAGCGUGAGAACAAGGUUCUCAAGUUCAUCAGUUUCAUGUGGAACCCAUUGUCAUGGGUAAUGGAGGCAGCAGCAAUCAUGGCACUGGUCUUGACAAACGGGGGUAGUCAGGGUCCGGACUGGGAGGACUUCGUGGGAAUCGUCUGCCUUCUUUUCAUCAACUCAACGAUCAGCUUCGUGGAGGAGAACAACGCCGGCAAUGCCGCGGCUUGUCUCAUGGCCCGCUUGGCGCCUAAAACAAAGGUUCUUAGAGAUGGGAAAUGGCAAGAGCUGGAUGCUUCCGUACUGGUACCCGGAGACAUCAUCAGCAUCAGGCUUGGUGAUAUUGUCCCUGCAGAUGCGCGACUACUCGAGGGGGAUUCUCUCAAAAUUGAUCAGUCAGCUCUCACUGGAGAAUCCCUACCUGUCACCAAAAGGACUGGCGACCUAGUAUUCACUGGUUCAACAUGCAAGCAUGGUGAGAUCGAAGCUGUCGUCAUUGCAACCGGGGUCCGCUCUUUCUUCGGGAAGGCAGCUCAUUUGGUGGACUCUACAGAGGUUGUUGGCCAUUUCCAGAAGGUUCUUACCUGCAUAGGCAACUUUUGUAUCUGCUCGAUUGCGGUUGGGGUGAUCGUCGAGGUUAUCGUCAUGUUCGCGGUCCAGCACCGGUCGUACCGGGUCGGAAUCAACAAUGUGCUUGUUCUUCUGAUCGGAGGGAUACCGAUCGCAAUGCCGACUGUUUUGUCGGUCACACUUGCAAUAGGUUCUCAUCGCCUAUCUCAACAGGGUGCCAUCACCAAAAGGAUGACAGCCAUUGAGGAGAUGGCAGGAAUGGAUGUUCUCUGCUGUGACAAAACCGGAACGCUCACUCUCAACCAUCUUACGGUCGACAAAAACCUAAUCGAGAUUUUCAGCGGAGGAAUGGACAGGGACAUGAUUAUCCUGUUGGCUGCAAGAGCAUCAAGAGUGGAGAACCAAGAUGCGAUCGACAUGGCCAUCAUAAACAUGCUUGCUGAUCCCAAAGAGGCACGCGCUAACAUCACUGAAGUUCACUUUCUCCCAUUCAAUCCCGUCGACAAAAGGACGGCGAUAACAUACAUUGAUUAUGGUGGCAAUUGGUUCCGGGUCAGCAAAGGUGCUGCUGAGCAGAUCCUCAACCUGUGCUACAACAAGGAUGACAUCGCCGAGAAGGUGGAGCGUGUCGUCAACAGAUUUGCGGAGAGGGGCCUCCGAUCACUAGCAGUUGCUUACCAGGAGGUCCCGGAGAAAUCAAGGCACGGCCAUGGCGGGCCGUGGGUCUUCUGCGGCUUGCUGCCGCUGUUCGACCCGCCGCGGCACGACAGUGCCGACACCAUCCGCAAGGCACUGGAUCUCGGCGUGUGUGUGAAGAUAGUCACCGGCGACCACCUGGCCAUCGCCAAGGAGACAGGCCGGCGCCUCGGGACAGGGACCAACAUGCACCCGUCGGAGGCGCUGUUCGGCCGCGGUGGCGAUCGGGCGGCGGCUCCGGUGGAGGAGCUCGUGGAGAGCGCGGACGGGUUUGCGGGCGUGUUCCCGGAGCACAAACACGAGAUCGUGCGGAUCCUGCAGGCGCAGGGGCACGUGUGCGGGAUGACCGGAGACGGCGUGAACGACGCGCCGGCGCUGAAGAAGGCCGACAUCGGCAUCGCAGUGUCCGACGCGACGGACGCCGCCAGGGCAGCCGCCGACAUCGUGCUCACGGAGCCCGGCCUCAGCGUCAUCGUCUCCGCCGUCCUCACCAGCCGCACCAUCUUCCAGCGCAUGAAGAACUACACGAUUUAUGCAGUGUCCAUCACUAUACGGAUAGUGCUUGGGUUUGUUCUUCUGGCGUCAAUAUGGGAAUACGAUUUUCCUCCAUUUAUGGUCCUGAUCAUAGCCAUACUGAACGAUGGGACUAUCAUGGCGAUAUCGAAGGAUCGAGUGAAGCCAUCGCGGAGACCGGAUAGCUGGAGGUUGAACGAGAUCUUCGCAACCGGGGUUGUCAUAGGGACGUACCUCGCACUGGUGACGGUGCUGUUCUACUGGGCAGUCACAAGAACCACAUUCUUCGAGUCUCACUUCAGUGUGGGAUCUCUGAAGAGUGACACCGAGAAGAUCUCGUCGGCGAUGUACCUGCAGGUCAGUAUCAUCAGCCAGGCCCUGAUAUUCGUCACGCGCAGCAGGGGCCUCUCCUUCCUCGACAGGCCAGGGACUCUGCUCGUCUGCGCUUUCGUCCUAGCUCAGCUGGUGGCUACCCUGGUGGCAGUGUACGCGACAGUCAGCUUCGCGUCGAUCAGCGGCAUCGGGUGGCGCUGGGCCGGCGUCAUAUGGCUGUACAGCUUGGUGUUCUACGUCCCGCUCGAUUUGAUCAAGAUCGCCGUCCGCUACACCCUCAGCGGCGAGGCGUGGAACCUGCUAUUCGACAGGAAGACUGCAUUUGCAAUGAGAAGAGACCACGGUAAGGAGGCGAGGUGGGCGCUGUCGAAAAGAGGCGGCGUGCAGCGGAGGGCGCUCUCUGACCAUCUCAUCAGCAGCAGGACGCCGCCGUAUCGGCAUUCUCUCGCUGCAGAGCACGCGAAGAGGCGCGCCGAAAUCUCCAGGCUGGGAGAAACACACGCUCUGAGGGCGCACGUCGAGUCUAUGAUGAAGCUCAAGCGUGUGGGUUCGCACGCCAUCGGGUCAGCGCACUCCCUUUGAUGAUCUGCUCCGGAUGCCUUGAAAUGGUAUUCCCUCUGUUCAUAAAAGAAUGUCGAAAAUUUGUCCAAAUUCGACUGUAUCUAUUCACUAAAACGUGUCUAGAUACAUUUGAAUUUGGGCAAACUUCCAACAUGCUUUUAUGGACAGAGGUAGUAUGAAUGUUCAGAGGAAAAUGCAGCAGCUACUUCUCCUGAAACAGUGCCACGCAAUGAUCACACCCAAUGAUCCGAUGAUCUUGCUUUUGUAAGCUGAU